GUUGGCGCUUCGGAUGAGACCUCAGGCCGGGCAGCAGCAUCUUGGUCAGUGAUGGUCAAAGCUUCUGUAGCUCCCCCAGGCUUCUCGUGGUCGCGAAAGGACGCCACCAAGGAAGCCCAGAAAACCACUGAUGAAUGGGAGAAGAGAGGAUGUCCUGACGCCCCAUUGCUGGACUUCUACAUGUACCGAGCCCAGACUGAUGAGAACUAUUCUCCGGUGAACCAGGACAUGGCGAACAUAGGUGGAAUGCUCUGGUAUUUGCACAACGAGAUUAUUUGGCAUCACUGGAUCAGGGUGGGAAGCUUCUCAAGCACCCCCAAGACGCGCUUGGAGCAGUGGAGGAUAAAGAUGCGACCCACCUGUCAGCUCUGGAACAAAGGUCUCACAUUCGGAAUCGUGAACACCUAUGACCUGGGGGAGUGCACUGGACCCUUCAAGUGCCAAAACAUCAAGCACUACGGCCCCACCGUUGGUUGCGAAACCUGGGAUGAGGGCAAAAUGAGCCACUUCCCUCACGAGGAGUGGUUCCAUCGUGUGAAGUACCCACAUGCUGCCUGGUACAGUUUGCCUGGCGCAUGUUCCUCCAAAAAGUUUUGGGCCAAAGACAAGGGAUGCGCCCUACGGGAGCCCAGUGGUGCCUGCCCAGACGGAGUCGAAGAACCCACAGGGGAGAUCGACUGCACCUACACAUACAAAAAGGUUGGAGAGAUUAGCAUCGAUGAGCUGGAAGGCAUUAGCAGCUUUGAUGAUCUCAUGAAGAAGGGUGGCUAUGAGUAUAGCCGCAGCGCCGACAAGGGAAAGAUGCUGCACUUCUGGGAUAACAUCAACUCCACUGACGCUAAUCAGAGGCGCAUAGACAUCACCCUGAAAAAGUUCAUGGACAAAUAUCCAGAUCAUCCUUACCUGGAAGAUCCGACUUGUGAUUUCGAUCCACGAAUCUUCUUUCCCCACUGGCCCAAAGGGGACUUUCACUGAGGAGUUGCAACAUGCUGACUUCUAACACAUGGAGCCAGCUGAGUGACUGUGUGCAGUGUGGCAGUGUAGCAAGAUUGAGA